CCAGGCACGACACCUUCGUUCCUGGUGACGGUUUUCAACCCUUCGUCCUCCCGAUCGUUGCAGAGAUGCCAGUCCCUAGUGGCGGUCGAGGCGGUCUCCGAGAUCGCGGCCGCCUUCCUUGGCGCCUCGGUGGAGGUGGGUGAAGAGGAGGCUCUGGUAUGCUCAGGUUCACUGGUCGCAGAAGCAGUUCGGUGUGAGUUGCGCUCCAUGAUGCUUGACCAUGGGUGGAGGUGUCUGGGAGAGAAUAUUUACGUGGACUCGAAGUUUGAUCAGAAUGAUGGGAGGACUGAUCUGUGCGCUGUGAACGUGGAAGUUCGAUUAGGGAGAAAUGAUGAUUUUGAAUUUAUUGUCUCACCUGAUGCAUUUCGGUACACUAUGCAUAAGAAUUCUGAUGUUGCUAGUUCCAGUAUGGUGGAAACAUUUCAUCACAGCAAUGAAGUAGUUUUGGAUACCUCUAACAUUCUAACAUCAUGUACAACUCUGCCUGCACUUCAGGAGGGCCGUGUGAUUGGAUAUAGCAAGAUGCUCCCCUCAGAACAGUGCUUGGGCAGGUUUAUGGAGCUUUGUUUAUUAAAGCAUGGGUUAGAUACAAACUGCAAUUAUCAUGUAGCAGUCAAACUCACUUAUGGAGCUUCAUGGGAAACAAAAUGGUUAUUGCCUCCUUAGUAUCCUCUACAUAUAUUAUGUUGCACUGAUGAUAUUGGUAUACAGAACAUUUUCACUUCUCACAUCUAUUUCAAUAUGCUUUUGAUUUGCUCUCUUUUAUUUAAUUAAGUAGGUGGCCUUCUUCAUUAGUUCUCCAAGGUCCAGGGCUUCAACCAGCCUUAAAAUCUAUAAGAGUAUCUAAGGCAAUGUCUGCCUUGCAAUCCUUUGUAGAAUUAUUGAAAGCUUGGAGUUUCUUUGGCCAUAAUAGUCUAACCAUUAAGGAACAGGUUCUACUGAACUGCUCAUCAACUUUACCUGCUUGGGAUAAGGCUGCAAGUGACCUGCCACCACACAGUUCAAGAACUGUUAAUACUGAGAAUCUUGAUUUAGGUCAUACUGAUGUUAUGUCCAAACAUAAAUCAUUUAUUCUAGACUUUCGCACCCCAAAACCUGCUGUCAUUUGUUCGUUGAGUGCAAAACCGUGGAAUACCAACGUUCACAAGAUAGCUCAUUCUUUGGAUGACAAUGAAAAUCUCAGUGAAUUAAGUCCUAUAAGCUUCAGAUUUCAAGCACAACAGCUUGCUACAAACAGUUCAUAUAAAUGUAAGAUCAGGUUUUGCUUACUUCUGAUUUUUGUACCAUCUAGAUAUACGAAUAAUUUAGGUUUGGUUAUUGAAGAUGUUUCUCAUUGCAUAUAUUUCAAUAUGCAAGUUCUGUAUAAAAAGGAUUGGUUUGUCUAUCUUAUUCAUGUGAACCAUAGGGGAUGAUCACACUUGAAUAUAUUUAUAUGUUACUAGGGUAUUUGCACAACCAGAAAGAAUAAUUGGAACAAAUUAUCGAGGAAUGCAAAAUUAUCUCCCCGAAUAAUCUCAGAAAUAGUAUUAGGGUGCCCAAUACUAUUUUAAUAUGGACGAGAUAUUGGAGAACUAGUGGAGAUGCUCUAACAAACAUCUUUCUAAGAGUACGUAGGAUUCAGAUAUGGUGCUCGACUGCUCGUAAAACAGAUUUCUUAGAAGUUUUUACCACAUGUGGAAAAUUCAUGCUAUAGUUAAAUCACAUCGGUUAAAGAGUAGCCUUAAAUGUUGUGUCAUUUCAGAUUUAGCGGUGGAGCACCCAAGUCUCGUUGGUCUUGUUUAUCAUUGAAAAGUUUGCCCUUCUAGGGACCCACAUGUAUGUGGGUUAUUUUAUUUUUCCAUCCUCUCCACCUUCAUUGAGCAUAUCCUUUGCAUCCUAGUUCAUUGUCGGCCACCCCUCAUCAGCCUCGCCUUCCUUACCCUGCUAAAUGCACCUCUCCCUAGAGCCCUCCAUGGAAACCCUUGACAUCGAUCACCCGACACAACUCAAGUAGAGAGCACAAUCCCCCUCCCCAAUUUUGGCCAACAACAGAGAUCACAACAUUGGUUCAAGUGGUGCAUAAUCUCAUUGGAUGAGGGC